AUGGCGGACCAUCAGCCACCACCGUCAAUGCCGGCAAAGGCAGCCAGCAUCUCGCACUCAGAGAGACCCGCGAGAGCGACCCGAGCCUACCGAUAUCUGCAACACAUCAUUUCGCCAACCACAAGCGCCACCAGUUCCCCCCGUAGUUCAGCUUCUCGAACUGCUUCAUACGACGGCCUAAGGGGGAUCGCUUGUCUGAUCGUGUUCAACUUUCACUUUCUGUACCCAUACACCCGAACCAUCACACACGGAUUCGCCGUCGACCUCGAAGACCGCAACUGGCGACAUCCGCAUCAAUUGCCCAUCCUCUGCCUCCUCGUUCGCGGUCGAGCCAUGGUCACACUCUUCUUCGCGAUAUCCGGCUAUGUUCUGAGCUAUGCGUUCUUGUCUCAGACUGAGACCCAACUCAUGAAAGGGUUUUCCCGUCUCAGCUCACUGAGCCUCCGCCGAUGGAUGCGUCUAUAUCUUCCCGCUACGAUCAGCAUGGUCUGCGUAUUCUUUGCGACUUUCAUCGGCGCAUUCGAUCAGGGUCGCGAUUUUCAAGAUUCAUCUCCCUGGCUGACAGGACUGUGGGAACAACAUCCCCCUCGCUUCGAGAACUUUGGCAAGCAGAUGAAAGACUUUGCUUCGAUGUGGUGGGACUGGUCCACGCCUUUCCAAUGGAGGCUCUUUUAUAGCGAGUACGAUCCGCAUACGUGGACGAUUCCCGUCGAAUUCAAGGCGUCGAUGGUAUUGUUUGUGAUGCUGCUCGCAUCCGCUGGUCUGAAGCAGCGAUGGCGCACUGGACUCUUCGUCCUCGUCACGGUAUACUGUCUUGUUUCCGCGCGAUGGGACGUUGCGGCCUUUACUGGGGGCGCUCUCGUGGCGGGUAUCCACCUAUGGGAGACGCCGAGAAGCGUUGGCGACGAAGAGAAGGCUGCUCUGCUGCCAACGCAUCGCACGGAACCGGGCUCACCGGCACGAGUGACUCGGAUCAUUUCCGUCGUGUCCAAGACUCUGCUCCUCGUUGCCGCUCUAUACGUCCUCUCGUUCCCGGACGACAGCGCUGAUAAGACUCCCGGUUUUGCGUGGCUCUACAAGAUCACGCCAUCCAUGUACAAGAAAGGUUCUGCGCCACACCCGUACAUGUUCUGGCACAGCUUGGCUGGUUUGUUCGUGAUCUGGUCCGUUCAACGACUAUACUACGUCAACGCGGUCUUCUGCUUAUCCAUACCACAAUACUUUGGCAAGAUAUCCUUCGCAUUCUACUUGGUGCAUGGGCCGCUCCUCCAUUCGGCAGGCUUCGCGCUACAGCCCAAGAUCUUUGCUGCGGUGGGGAGUAGCGUAUCGGCAUGGGUGGGAGCGUUGGUACUUGGGUGGAUGACGAUGCUUGCUUUGUCAGUGAUAGCGGCACAUCUGUUUUGGAAGCUUGUCGAUAUGCCGCUAGUGAGGUUUGCGAAAUGGUUCGAGGCAUUGGCAUCACGGCGCUCUGGGAAACGCCAACCUUGCACCACAGUAGUGAGGUAG